UGUUUUCGGUGCUGCAAAAAUGAUUUGAGUUGCUGACUGUGUGUGUACUUCCAAAUCGGAACCCCGGGGUUGCAAUACUCUGGAAAAUGAAGUUAAAUGCAGCCAAUAAAGGGAGAGACGUGUUGGAAAAAUAUACUGUAGAUGAGAAGACGGAGAGGCGAGUAUGCACUUGUUGGCAGGAUGGAUCCCUGUGCUGUCUAACUUGAAGAGCCUGCAAUCGAGCGGGUUACUUUCAGCGGCAGCAGAACGUCACGUUGCACGUGGUCGGCUCCCGCGGUAGGAGCUGUCCGUGGUGCUGACGGCAGCCGGGGAAUCGCGGCACUCGCUCACACAACUAUAAACCUCAAGGUUCGGGCCAGCUCCCCCCACCCCACUUGUGCUCCGGCAGGUCAGACACAGAGCGGCGAAUCCUCUCCCUGUCGCGGAGACCCCCUCUGAAUUGACUCGGAAAGUAGUUGGUUGGGAGAGAAGAGAGAGAGAUACCCUUUCCGAUGUGAGCUGGCAACCUCUGGAAUGAAUAAGAAGGGUUUCUCCCCGUAUCGGUUAAAAAUGAGCACGCUAUGUUUACUUCUAGCUUGUCUGAUGACAGUCUACGGUCAAGACCUGUCCAAAGAUCUGAAUACCGUAAGUGGAAAAGGAAAGAACAAUGGCAAGACAGAUAUUGUAUGGACAAUGGCUACAACUGCUGAUCCAGAAGAUGAAUUUCAUUUUGUUAGUACAACGCCGAAUAUCAACAUCAAUAACCAUCAUCCACUGCUUGAAGAAAUCAUUCACGAAACAUUACUGAAGAAAGAUUUCCUUGGUCAGGAACCAGUUUUUACCAAUAAGAUAGGAAUGAGAAUUGGCGCUACUUCUCCUGCUACUCAGUCGCAAAAACCUCAGGAUCCUUUGGUUCAUCAGAUAGUCACCAAUGACACUCCAUUUUUUUCUGACAUAACCACUACUACAAUGGCCUCAACCUCUCCGAUGACAACACUGGGCUCUGUUGCAUCUUUGGCCACAGAUGCUGCACCCUCGGCUGACAAUACCGGUGUAACACAAGGAGGGAAAACCCCUCCAAUGAUGCGAAUGGCUGCCACCACAGACUCUCUCACAACAUCUGCUGUGAGCUCAGCUACAUCGGAGAUUCCUGAAUCUGUGUUCCCAAAUAGUAAUACUGCGUUUGUUCAAACUGAGCCUAGCCGCGUCUCAACUGCAGCAGGAGUGCCUCAGAGCAAAUCUGGUGUGGUUCAACAUUUCAGCGACCAAGGAGUGGCAACUGCGAUGACAAGUAACCUUCCAGGGGACAUUGCCACAACGGUUGGAGCAGGCACACAUCAAAUGCGAGGACAGAAUGCUGAGCAACAUCGCAAUCCUACUGCAGACCCAACCAUCUCCUCAGUUGCUAGUGAGACUGAUGAGGAAACUACAACUACAACCAUCAUUACCACAACGAUAAUUACAACUGUGCAGACACCAGUUCCUUGCAGUUUAAAUUUCACAGACUUUGAGGGUUACAUUGAGUCUCCGGAAUACCCCAGUCACCUGUACUACAGCAACUUGGAUUGCACCUAUACUAUUACAGUCUACAGAGGAUAUGGAGUGGAACUUCAGGUCAAAAACAUCAGCCUGUCUGAAGGAGAGGUGCUAACAAUUGAAGGACUUGAUGGAGAUGAACCGACUGUUCUCGCCAACGAGUCGAUUUUAAUGAAGGGGCAGGUGAUUCGCAGCCCAAGCAAUCAAGUUGCUAUCCACUUCCAGAGCAUUCAACUUGGAAAUCCAGGCUCAUUCCAAUUCCAUUAUCAAGCUUAUUUGCUUAGCUGUGGAUUUCCACAGAAGCCUUCCUCUGGCGAUGUGUCUGUCACCAGCCUCCAUCCCGGUGGAGUGGCGCAUUUCUACUGCAACACAGGUUACCGUCUGCAAGGUUUCCCUUCCCUCACCUGCAUCAAUGGCAGCAAACCUCGCUGGAGUGAUAAUGAGCCGGAAUGCAUUGCUACCUGUGGGGGAUUAAUUCGAAAUGCAACUGUAGGCCGCAUCACGUCGCCCAACUUUCCGGGUAACUAUAGCAACAACCUGACCUGUUACUGGUUGAUUGAAGCUCCAGAAGGACAGAAGUUACAUUUGCACUUUGAGAAAGUUGCAUUGGCUGAAGACGAUGACAGGCUCAUAAUUCGAAAUGGGAACAGUAUUGACGCUCCUUCAGUUUAUGACUCCUAUGAAGUGGAGUAUCUGCCCAUUGAAGGCAUCGUCAGUGAUUCACAGCAUUUCUUCAUUGAAUUGACUACUGACAGUUCUGGUAUAUCUACUGGAGUAGCUUUAAGAUAUGAAGCCUUUGAACAGGGUCAUUGCUAUGAGCCAUUCAUUAAGUAUGGAAAUUUCACAACGGGUGAUGCAUCAUAUCAAGUGGGAACUGUGGCUGAGUUUUCAUGUGAUCCGGGGUACACCCUGGAACAAGGGUCCAUGAUUAUAGAAUGUGUGGACAUCCGGGACCCCCAGUGGAAUGAGACUGAGCCAGCCUGCAGAGCUGUCUGCAGUGGGGAGAUUACAGACUCUGCCGGAGUUGUGCUGUCUCCCAAUUGGCCUGAAGCAUAUGACAAGGGUCAGGACUGCAUUUGGGGAAUACACGUGGAGGAAGACAAACGAAUCAUGCUGGACCUCCAGGUGUUAAACAUGGGACAGAAUGACGUUCUUACCUUUUACGAUGGUGAUGAUCUAACAGCAAGAAUAUUGGGCCAGUACACAGGCACUCAUCAUCCGUUCAAACUGUACACAACCAUGGCUGAUGUCACCAUUCAGUUCCAAUCUGAUCCGGCAACCAAUGUGUUUGGAUAUCAGCAGGGAUUUGUCAUUCAUUUCUAUGAGGUUUUGAGAAACGAUACUUGCCCGGAAGUGCCAGAAAUUCCGAAUGGUUGGAAGACAACUUCCCACCCUGAACUAGUCCACGGAACUGUGGUGACGUACCAGUGCUAUCCAGGAUUUGAGCUGAUUGGGACAGAUAUCCUCAUGUGUCAGUGGGAUUUGUCAUGGAGUGGAGAUCCCCCAAUGUGUGAGAAGAUCAUAUUCUGCACCGAUCCCGGUAACGUCGAUCACAGCCGCAGGAUUAUCACUGAUCCCAAGUUUUCAAUUGGCUCCACAGUGCAGUACAUUUGUAACAAAGGCUACGCUCUGGCCGGGAGCAAUAUACUGACUUGUUACAACAGGCAGUCUGGGAAUCCUAAGUGGAGUGACAGGGUUCCUAAGUGUAUCCUGGAGGUGUUUGAGCCUUGUCACAACCCUGGGGUGCCUGACAAUGGUUACCAAACCACAAAGAAGAGGUUGUAUCAAGCAGGGGAAGCCUUGCGGUUUGCCUGUUAUGACGGUUAUGAGCUCAAAGGGGAAGCCAACAUCAAAUGCAUUCCAGGACACCCCUCAGAGUGGAGCAACCCACCACCAUUCUGCAAAGUUACUUAUGAUAAAUACUUCAAUGAACGUAGACUGGAAGUGGCCAAACCUGCAAACUCUCUGAGCCGGAUGCAAGGAAGUCAUAUUGCCAUUGCAGUGUUCAUCCCAGUGAUCAUUGUAGCCCUCCUCAUCGCUGCGAUCUAUUUCUACUUUACAAAGUUCCAGGGAAAGUCCACAUUAAGGCUGCCACUGGCUGGCCCUCAUCCCUACAACCACAUCACCGUGGAAUCAGCAUUCGACAAUCCCAUAUAUGAGACAGGAGUAAGUAAUGAGCCCCUCCAGCUGAGGGAUUUGGAUCCUGAAAAUGCGCCUGUCCUUACCUGAACAGCUUCCAUCACAUCACAGUUGUCCUCUUACAAGCUGCUUGCCAUAGGCAUGAAACCUGUUGAAGCCAUCCGUCAGUCAUCUCACAAAGUCCUUGCAUUAUAUAUUUAAAAACCAUUACCAUUCGUAUUUAUUUUCAAUAUAGCUUUUGUUCCAGAUUCAUUGUGAGCUUUUGGUGUGUCAGUUAUAUUUUGGUUUUUGUUUCUGUUAGAAAACUGCAAAACUUCUGAUAAAAUUUCGCAUGGUUAUGUUUCUAUUCUCGGUGAUCUAUGCUUUAGAAUCUAUUACAUUUUAUGUAAGCAUUACUUUGGUGCAGUCUCUCUGGGUAUCAGGAUACUGAGGGGAUUUCACUGUAUUACUGAAUGUGCAGUAAAGGAAGUCAGGUGAUUCAAAAUCAAAUCGCUGUCAAUGAAAAUCGACAGUGAACUAGAAAUCUGAUAUUUAUUGAGUGACCUUAGCAGCAUUCUGAGAUAGUUCUCCCUGUGAUUUCCAGCUUUCUUAAUCUCCUGUUAAUGUCGCUGCCUCACAGACACAGUUGAUGUUUCUGGCCAGCGAAGCUGUAUUAUGAGUAAAUAGUGAAUAGAAUGCAUUCAGAAUUACUGGAAUUUGUUUUGCCCUUUUCAAGAAGAAUGCAGAUGAAGUUUCCAACACGUUCAAAUUUCUGGAGCAUCAGCAAUUUACCUGAGAGUUGAUGAAUAGUUUACAGGUUCUUAAAAAUAACUUGCUCUUCAGACAGAGCUAACCUGACUAAAUUCAGUUUUACAGAAGACCUUAAUGAGGUCAAACACU